UUGCAGAAUCGUCAAAGAAAUGAAUUUCAAGAUCCUACCUAAUGUUGGCACGAUCCCCAACCCCUCCUCUACAUCCCCAUUAUGCCUCUGAACAACUCCUAGAGAUCCUGGGCUCUAGACACUCCCAUCCAGAAUCAAUUUCAACAAAGCUUCACCCGUUGAUUGUGCCUUGUCUCGAAGAAUUCCGUCAAACGCCGUCCCUACUUCGUUUGCCAGCAUUCUGGCAGCCUUUCGGGUCUGACUCUGAACAGCGAAAUGCUUGCGCGGCAUACAAUUUCGUAUCUGAGUUGGUGAACGUUUUACGGGUUUCGGGCAGUGAAAAGGAAUUGUAUUUGAGAACAAAUGAGAUAUUGGAACUACUAGCGAAGGAUUCGUUAUGGCGAGAACUUAUUGCUGUAUUUCAAGUGCCGCUCAUGGAGAUCUUGGCCCUUGAUCUCACGAAAUGCACUGACAAGCUUCCAAAGCUUGUUACUCUUCUGAGUAUCAUUACAUAUAAAAGCGAGGUGAAAUGCACUGCACCGGACUUUGUUGAAAUCCUUUGUGAUAAGAUCAUGACCAUUGAGACCCUCAACUCGGAGAUACUGGGAUUAUUUUCCAACCUUUGCGAGUCCGAGGCGUUCCGGAAUACCCUCUUAUCCGUAUCAGUACUACCACGAAUAUUGCGGCGAUUGGUGAAGAUGCUGAGCGACGAGAACUUGAUUCUCGUGAUUUACAGCCUCCAGAUUCUCGUGCAACUUGUUGGAUGCACCAGUAUUAUCCAAAAUCUAUUUAACGAUGCAAAUGUUCAAGAAGCAUGGAAAUUGGUUGUUACUAUAUUGAGCAAGCAGAAUUCCCAAGAAUCGUGCCACGAGGCUGCUAUCGACUUGCUAGAAUUCAUGUUCCGGCAAGAGAAGUUGGUGGGAACUUUGAAAAGAUAUGUGUCAGAUACGCAGGUCAUACGCAAAUUACUGCUGUCUUUGUCGAAAGAUGAAGCACUUUUGUCCCAAAUGUGCCGUUUUGCGGCGGUGAUGAUGGAGAAUUGCAAAUAUAGUCACCAGCUACUAGCAGUAGUACUAGAGUCCGAUGCAGUACCGAAGGCGUUGGAGGGCAUUGCCCAAUAUUGUCUUGAGCCGAAAGAGAAGCUGGUUCGUGGCCGUAACGGGCAACAUGAUCGGGGAAUGCAAAUCCGCUCCAGCACCGUCAACGCAUGUAGUUUUUUGCGAACCGUACUUAUCGCGCUCGAGAAUGAAUCUGUAACGCAAGAAGAGUUUGAUCGACUUGCCGACCAGUUUAUCCCAUCAAUACCCCUGUUGCUUGAUUGCCUUGCGUCGGCUUUGGAAACCGUCAAGGAAGAUCAAAUGAACGUCGAACCUGAGAAUCAUGAAUCAGCCCAGCGGUUGACACAAAAAGAAUUGCUAGAACUUGCCCAAACGAUUGAUGUUUUGAUUACAUUCCCCCGGUUCGAUCUAGACGAGGCGGAUAUGGAAGCAGUUGAUACUGAACGGUGGAUAUCUAUUGCCUUGGAAAUUGCCGUGGCGUAUCUAUGGAGCAAUAUGAAGAGUGGGGAUGCAUGUGCUGCUGUUUUUACUCUCGUUACUCACUUGGGAGAGACCAAGAAAGUGCCGUAUGCGCUGGAGUUUCUGUCAAGCGAUGAGGUUGCCAAAACGCUAGCGACAAUAAUGCGUGAAUCUUCCUGCUGUUCUACAAUUGAGCGUAUCCUGGCUCUGGUCGCACGAACAACUCAUUGCCAACAAAUGCUAGGUCGUUCUCUGGCUCGACUGAAUAUAUCGAGAGCAGCUGAAGACUGGCAAGAGAAGGAUAUCGUAAAUAAUGCGAAUAAUGUAGACACAAAUCUUGGUCGAGUUACUGCUUGUUCAAAACCAAAGAAAAGAUUCGAGUUAAAAGAAGUGGACGAGACGUUGGCAACCUUGGAAAAGCUGGAAGAGGAGCUUGCUAUCACACGAGAGAACAUGCGCAAAGAGAUGGAGCUCAAAGAUGCGAUUUCUCAGCGGAAGAUCUCUGUCCACUCGAACAAAUCAGAAUUCCUGAAGGCAGAACUGGAUCGGUUAACUGAAUGUUUGGACCAGAAGACAUCUGCUCUUGAACAAAGCGAAAUAGCAAAUGCAGAUAUGACCCAGAAGGUAGCGGAUUUGCAGAGGUCACUUUCAGAAGCAAGACACGAGAGUAGCAGAAUCAAGGGAGAGCUUAUCCAAAUGACGGAAGAAACAAAUAGAUACAAGAAAAAGAAUCAUGAGACUGAGCAAGCAUUGGCAUGUUGUCGAGAGAAACUUCGAGAGGUGACGGAUGAAGCUGCAUCUGCCACAGAGAAUAUCCACCGCCUCGAACAUGAGAAGGAUGCACAGGGAAAAGCGCAUAAGGCCCGGCAAAAGGAAUUGCAGCUGGAGAUACAAGAUUUAACCCAUCAACUAAAGGAAUUGCAGGCAGAGAGAGCUUUAUUCCAACAAACCACGGUCGCUCAAAAGGCACGGAUUUCCACCCUGGAGGAAAAGGUGAAAGAGCUGCAACUUGAGCUCGGAGACCAGGAACGUGAGCAUGAUGAAAUCGUGAUGAAAUUGGCACAAAGUUUAAAUAGCCUUAAUUUGCGGAAACGAAAAGGCGUGGUUGCGGUUGGGGGAAAGAUGAAGGAUGAAGUUGAUGAAGAGCUGUCCAGUGGGCAGGAGCCUUGAAUAAACCAAUGGUUGCAAUGUGCAA